AUGAGUUUUUUUGGAAGUCUUAGUAAAAAAGCUGUUGAAAAAGUCUACGAUCUUGCAUCAAAAGUUGAAGGUGGUCGAGAUUAUUUAACUUCAGCUACUAAUACAGUCAAUACAUUAGUUAAAGGCAGUGAUCCACGUGUUCAUUUAAAACAUGGUAAUGUAAUUCAAUUAUUUUCUCGAUCAUCUGGUCGUACAAUACAAAUUGUAAUGUCAAAAACAAAUCAACUAAUAUGUAAUGCUAUAGGUGGUACUGGUUCAUAUUAUUCAAAUGCUUGUUGGAUGGUUAUACCAACUCAAAAUGAUCGUUAUUAUUUUCAUAAUAAUUAUAAUUAUCUUGCUAUUAAAUAUGGUCAAAUUGUCAUUAUACCAUUAUCAAUGCAUCAAUAUCCUCCUCCUGAAGCUGAAUUUCGUGUACAAGAUGUUUUAGGUUCAGCACAUGCUAUUUAUUUAGAAUCUGUACGAACACCUGGAUGUUUUAUUGGUUUUAAUUGGGAUGGCGAACCUUGUAAUGAAAUAAAAAUAGAAACAAGAGAAAAAUUUGCUCAACUUGAAAUUCAUCUUAUUGCUGAUGGAUCUGGUGGUAUUCAACCUGAACUUAUUAAUACAAGAGUUGAAACAUUUGAUACAUCAGCACCUCCAUCAUAUUGGGAAGCAACUAAUGGGUUAAAUAAUCAAUCUACAACUUGA